AUGAAUUCUUUCGGGGUAAAAUUUUCCGGAGGUAAAAUACCCCUCCGUUCGGAUCUCCGGGUGAGGGGUACUUUGAGGAAUUCAUGCGGCACAAAGUCGAAAAACGGGGGGGAUAUCAGGGUAGGUACGUGGAACGUUCGAAGCUUAUAUAGACCGGGCGCGUUUCAAAUGAUGAUACGGGAAGUAGGGAGAUACAGAACGGAGAUCGUCGCGUUACAAGAAACUAGGUGGGACGGGAAUGGGGCAGUAAAUUCGGGCGCGUAUACACUACACUAUGGGGGGUCGGAAACCCAUAGUUUUGGCGUCGGUUUUUUGAUUAACAACAAAAUCACGUCCGUGAUCAGGAAUAUUAGGUUCGUCAAGGAAAGGUUAGGGUUACUUAUCGUACAAGGUCGUUAGUAUAAAAUCGCGAUAUUAAACGCACACGCGCCAACCGAAGAUAAGGAAGACGAAAUUAAAGACGGAUUUUACGACGAGCUCGAACACAUCAUAGAUCAGUUACCAAGCGAUUAUAUGAAAAUCGUGUUAGGGGACUUUAACGCGAAAAUUGGUAAAGAGGAAAUUUUUAAACCGACCAUCGGAUUGGAAAGCCUACACGAUGGCAGCAACGAAAAUGGUAAUAGGGUAAUUAACUUCGCGACCGGUAGGAAUAUGAUUAUCAAAACCACGUGCUUCAAACAUAAAAACAUACAUAAGCAAACGUGGAUUUCCCCGGACGGAAAUACGAUUAAUCAAAUCGAUCAUGUUCUCGUGGAUAGGAGACGACACACGAAUAUUCUUGAUGUUAGGUCGUACAGAGGGGCAGAUUGUGAUUCAGAUAAUUUUCUCGUCAUUGCAAAAAUUAGAGAGCGUCUUUCGACAAGGAAAAAUAAAGAACAGGCGGCCGGAAUUAAGCGCAUAAACGUACGUAAUCUCGCGGAAGAAGACAACGGCGUCAAAUACGCGGUCGAAGUAGUUAAUAGAUUCGAGGCAUUAGAAGAAGUCGACGAAACGGAAGAUAACGCGGUUAAUAAGCAAUGGGAAAACGUGCGGGAUGUUGUGAUUAAAUCGGCGGAAAGUACGAUCGGUUAUUGCAGAAGAAGUAAAAAUAAACCGUGGUUUGAUUCGGAAUGCGAAAACAUGAUUAAAGAAAGAACUAAGGCGCGGUUAAGAUGGCUAUCGGAUAAAUCGGACACUAACAAAGAGCUAUAUAAUAAAAGUAGUAAAUCGGCCAGGGAUUUAGUUAGAAGUAAGAAGCGUCACUACUUAAAACGUAAGGUAGAGGAGAUCGAUGAAAACUGUCGAAAUAAAAACGUACGCGGGAUGUAUAUAGGAAUAAAUAACUGGAGAAAAGGGUUUCAGCCUAAAACGGAGAUACUCAGAGACGAAAACGGGAAUUUAAUUACGGACACGGCAGGAAUUUUGGAUACGUGGAAAAUUAUUUUGAUCAGCUUUUUAGAAUAUGCAAUUAGAGAAGUACAGAAGAGUGGGGAUGGCCUGCAGUUGAACGGUAAAACUCAAGUUUUAACAUAUGCGGAUGAUACUGCGUGGCUAGGCGACGAUAAGGAAACGAUUAUAAGAAAUGCGGAAUUAUUGAUAGAUUAUGCUAAAUAUCUCGGUUUACAGGUUAGUGUGGAAAAGACCAAAUACAUGGUAACUAGUAGGGAUCAGGAUAACGAUAAUUUACAGGGAAACGAUACUGGGGUAGAACUUAAGAAAAGAAUCAACGCGGGAAAUGCAGCCUUUUAUUCGGUCCGUAAAUUACUUGAGUCGCGGUUAUUAUCUAAGCGUUUAAAACUUAGAAUAUAUCGAACCAUUAUUCUCCCAGUAGCUUUGUACGGAAGUGAAUCGUGGGCACUUACUUUACAAGGUGAAAAGAAAUUUAGGGUUUUCGAGAAUAAGGUAUUACGGAAAAUUUUCGGGGCGAAACGCGAUGAGGAAACGGGGGAAUGGCGGAGGCUACACAACGUCGAGCUGCAUAAACUUUAUGAUAGUCCGGAUAUAAUUAAUGUAAUUAAAUCACGCAGAUUAAGGUGGGCGGGUCAUGUCGCACGUAUGGAAAAGGAUAGAACCGCGUAUAAAAUUAUGACGGGUAGACCAAAUUGCAAGAGACCGUUAGGUAGACCAAGACGUAGAUGGGUAGACAAUAUUCAGUCGGAUCUCAAUGAUAUAGGCGCCGAGAGUGGGGAUUGGGAGGCAGUAGCUCAGGACAGGGAUCGAUGGCGAACUUUGGUAAUUGCAGCUAUGAACUUUCGAGUUUUGAAUGCCAGCUAA